AUGUCAUCAAUCAAAACAACAGUAAAAACAGAAGCUUGCUCCUUCAGUGAAUACAGGAUAUAUCCUGGUAGAGGACAAAAAUAUAUUGCUAAGGAUGGUAAAGUAUAUUUCUAUUUAUCUUCAAAAUUCGCUUCACUUGCUUUACAAAAAAAGAAAGCCGCUAAGUUGAGAUGGACACAGACUUGGAGAAGAAAUAACAAAAAAACAAAAGUCGAAGCCACACAAAGAAGACGAUAUAAGAAAACUAUUAAAGUGCAAAAAGCUGUUUGUGGUUUAAGUGUUGAAGAUAUAAGAAACAGAAAAGCCUACGUACAAAGUAUUGAAGCUAAAAAUAAAGCACGUUUUGCAGGAAAAGAAAAAGAAGAUAAAAAAAAAGGUAAAGAUGAUAAAAAAAAAAGUGUAGCACCAGCUCAACAAAAAAAAGAAUUUACUAAGGGUAAUAAAUUAAUGAAUUUAGCCAAAAGCAAAAUGCAUAAAAUGAUGAAAAAAUAA